AUGGGAGGAAAAGAUCCAACACAAGGAGUUUUGAGUGUCUUUGAUUUUGUACAAUCAAGAAAAUACUAUGGUUUACAAAUUCCAAUCGCCAACUUGAUGACCACAAUCAACUCAUGGUGGUCCUAUCAAAAAUAUCAAACUGACAAGUUUGAUCCAAAAGGAUAUAUGCAAGGAAGAAAAACUGGAUUACAUUUAAAUUUCAUUCCAAAAUAUAAGUUACAAGUUAAAAGAGAUACAGAUGGAGGUACCGUUAUUCAAGUUGACUACUGGGCAAGAAUUAGAAAGACUGGAAUUGCCGCUGCUUUUAUUACCUAUGGUUUGACGGCUGCUGUCGGUGCCGGAACUCUCUCCUACCAUUGCAUGGAAGCCAAGAAUUUCCUCAAGGCAUUCUGGGAGUGGUUCGACGGAUCCUACCAAGUGGUAAAGGUCGAGGUGUUGAUGAACGAGGAGAAUACAGGCAGCAAGCAAGAGAAUGCCAAUGGAUCUGGAUACUCUGCAACCAGCUCCACCGUCAAUAACUACUAUAACUAUGGAAGUGGUACCACCGGAACCACUCAAACACAAUCGACCGUUCAACAACAAUCUGGAAUGUACCCAGCGGGAAUGGAUCAAUAUGCUUACUCACAGUACGGUUACACUGGAUAUGGAAUGCCAGGUGUUGGUGUACCAGGACAGGAGGGAAUGGGAAUGGGCAUGGGAAUGGAGCAAUACGGACAGAAUGCUUAUGGGCAAACUGCUGGCAGUGAGUAUGACCAGCAGAAUGGCUACGGUCAAGCUGGAUACGGACAAUCAGGAUAUGGUCAAUCCGGAUACGAACAAAAUGUUUAUGGUCAACAACAACAAGCUGGAUAUGGUCAACAACAACAACAACAAUCUGGAUACAACACCGGCUCUUAUGGAAUGAACGCACAAGGCGAACCUGUAGCAGCUGGCGGUGUAUUCCAUCAACAAACCUCGUUCUCACAUACUACAACCACAGGUCUCAACACAGGUGUAGGUGGAACUGCAACUGACUACAACUCAAUGUAUGGCGGUGACACUUCGCUUCAAAACGAUUUCCGCAGUAAAUACUCUAGUUCCGGCUCGUUGAAAGUACCCGGUGCAGCAGGAUCAAGUGGUGCCGGAUACAAUCAAAACAAGUCGCCAACUGGCAGCAGCGGUAGUGGACUCAGUCCAAAUAGAUCGCCAGGCGACGUUCCAUAUCCAAAUCAAGCACCAUUACCACCACCUCUUCCACAAAGACCAACGUCAACGGGAUCGGCAUCAGCAUCGGCAUCUUCAUCUUCAGGUUCAAAUCCACCAACUCCAAGUUCAAUAGCCAAUCCAUUACUCAAACACGUAUCAACUCCAACGCAGUCAUCACAGCCAUCAACACCUAGCUCGAUGCUAAAGCCAAGCACUGCAGAGUUUGUAGAGGGCACUCCACAACCAACGAAAGAGAGUUCAGAAAACGAUAGACUAAAGAGAGGUGGUCUCGGUUUCGGUUAUACCUACGAUCAUCUUAAAGACGAACUCGACAAGAAAUACGCAGAGAGAAGAGAAAGAAUGUCUCAAGGUCAAACUGGUAACCCAACCAACUAG